GUUAGUAAUAUUAUAAUGCAGUUCUAAAGUUUUAUUUUUAAGAAAAUAUUAAAUAAAAAUAUUUCAAAAUUUCAUUAAAUCAAAAUUAAAUUAAAAUUAUGGUUGAUAGCGGUUUCGAUAGUGAAGAAAAAUUAAGUUCGAUUUUAUAUGAAAAAGACCAGGAAGAUGCCAACAAAGCAUAUGAAAGUGACGAUGAAGAUGAAUCUUCAAGUAAUAAUAGUUUAGAAAUAACAUUUCGCGGAACAAAUGAUUAUAAUAAACAGGAUAAUGAACUGCAAAAAUUACAAAAGCAACAGCAACAGCAACAACCACAGCAACCUUUUAAAGUAAUUAAGAACUCACAAUUGAAUAGUUGUAGAAUUUUACAAAGAAAAUUAGAAUUAAAAGUUGAACGUGCCAAAAAAACUUACAAUCAAUAUCAAGAAGUCGAAAAUGCUAAAAAGAACAAGUCUUCCAAUUUGAUUCCAAUUAAUCGAUUACAAAUUCCAGGAUAUUCAGAAAAUCAACCAUUAGUUGAUUAUAAAUCAGACAGCAGUAAUGACGAUGAUGAUGUUGAAGAAAUUUCAUUUUUUCCAUCAAGUAAAUCAAAAAAUUCCACAAAACAAGUUGAAUUGAAUACAGAUACAUUUAGUAUACAAGAGAUGACUAUCGAAUCUGAUAAUAAUUCUGAUGAUAGUGGUUCACAAAAUUUAGAAUUAUUACCGCCAUUACAAAAUAAUAAAUUUUUAGAUAAAUUGCUAAAUUGUUUUUAUUGCAAUUGUUUUGAACAAAAUAAUGAUUUACCUUAAAUUUUAAAAAUAAUAAUAAUGAAAAAAAAAAACAUGAAAAUAAAAAAAUUUAUUUACUUUCAUUUUUAUUGUAAGAAUUAUUAUACGUAGGUAUUAUACAUAUUAUUUAUAUGUAUGUAUAUCUACUUUCUUAUACGCAUUAAAAAUAUUAUUAUUAUAUAAAUUACAAAAUAUGUAAGUAUACAUACUUAUACUGUAACAUAUACAUAAAUUAAGUAAAAAG